AUGUCUUCUGUAUCUGAACCAGCCGCGCCCUCAAUCCGCACAGCGAUCCCUGGACCUGAUACGCACAGAAUCAAAGAGGAUUUAGAUGCUGUUAUUGAUGCCCGCACUGUGCAAAUGGUCAUCAAUUAUGACCAAAGCUUCGGAAACUACAUCACCGACGUUGAUGGCAACACCUAUCUUGACGUAUAUGCGCAAAUUGCCUCUAUUCCUGUCGGAUACAACAACACUACUUUGAUAAAGGCCGCACAGUCAUCAGAUAUUGUCUCUGCCCUGGUCAACCGCCCGGCUGUUGGAAAUUUCCCUUCCCGCCAAUGGCUUGCUCUAUUGCGCGAUGGUUUGAUGCGGGCAGCGCCUCCUGGAUGCACACAGGUGUUCCCAGCGCAAUCUGGGUCUGAGGCCAAUGACCUCGCUUUCAAGGCGGCUUUCAUGGCCUAUCGUCGGCAGCAACGCGCCGGCAGCCCUUGGACCGAGUAUGAGCAGGCGACAGCAAUGAAAAAUCAGGCUCCUGGCUCUCCAGAUCUGGCUAUUCUCAGCUUCCGGAACUCCUUCCAUGGUCGCAGCUUUGGCAGUUUGUCCACCACCCGUUCUAAGCCCAUCCACAAGGUAGAUAUUCCCGCUUUCAAGUGGCCCCACGCCACUUUCCCCCAGCUUAGAUAUCCCUUGGAAGACUACGUUCAGGAGAAUGCACGGGAAGAGGAGCGCUGCCUACAAGAGGUUGAGAACAUCAUUUCUUCAUGGCACUGCCCUGUGGCUGGUAUCAUUGUUGAGCCCAUUCAAAGCGAAGGAGGCGACAACCAUGCCUCACCAGACUUUUUCCAGAAGCUUCAGGCUAUCACUAAGAAACACGGUAUCACCUUGAUUGUCGACGAGGUCCAGACCGGCUUCGGAGCAACAGGCAAAUUCUGGGCGCAUGAGCACUGGGAGCUGCCUUCCCCGGCGGAUAUUGUUACAUUCUCUAAGAAGGCCCAAACUGCUGGAUACUUCUUCAGCGAUGGUAGCCUUCGCCCCGACAAGGCCUAUCGGCAAUUCAACACAUGGAUGGGAGAUGCCGCCCGAAUUAUCAUCUGCAAUGCCGUCAUUGACGAGAUUCUGAGCAAGAAGCUGGUCGAAAAGACGGCUCAAGUUGGCGCAGUACUCUACGACAGCCUGGCUACUCUGGCAGCCAAGUAUCCCAACAGGAUGCAGAGUCUCCGUGGCAAGGACAAGGGCACCUAUAUUGCCUUUGACACGCCUGACUCAAGCAGCCUACUGAAGAAGAUGCGCGAGUUGGGCAUCAAUAUCGGUAGCUGCGGCGUGCAAACCAUUCGGCUGCGCCCCAUGCUGAUCUUCGAGGAAUCUCAUGUUGCUCCUCUCUUGGCAGCGUUUGAGACUGCUUUUUCGCAGUUGUCAUAA